CUAAAUUAAAACUCACUUUGAAAACUCGACAUUUCAGCCAUGGCGGCGACGCUCUUUGCCACCCGGCGCACGUUUGCCACCCUAUUAUCCCGCCGCUCUCGUACUUCCCUUUCUGCCCUCCUCCACACCCUCAACCACCCCCAGCCCGUCCCCGUCCCCGUCGCCUCUCAAACUCGGUUGAGGUCGUCGCGUACAGGCUAUUCUCCGCUCAACGACCCAUCGCCCAACUGGAGCAACCGCCCCCCAAAGGAGACGAUUCUCCUCGACGGCUGCGAUUACGAGCAUUGGCUUAUCGUCAUGGAGUUCGAUUCCGAUCCUAAGCCCACUGACGAAGAGAUGGUUAAUGCUUACGUCAAAACCCUAGCCUCCGUGGUUGGAAGUGAAGAAGAAGCAAAAAAGAAGAUAUAUUCUGUGUGUACAUCAACAUACACUGGGUUUGGAGCUCUCAUCUCGGAAGAGCUUUCUUACAAAGUUAAAGGCCUGCCUGGUGUUCUAUGGGUGUUACCCGAUUCAUAUCUCGAUGUUCCCAACAAGGACUAUGGUGGUGAUCUCUUUGUGGAUGGGAAAGUCAUUCAUCGGCCGCAGUACAGGUUCACCGAGAGACAACAAAACACAAGAAUCAGGCCUCGUCCAAGACACGACAGCCGUCGUGAAACAAUGCAGGUUCAGAGGGGACAGACGAGGGCCUCUGAUCAGCUGUCUCCUGCUGCGCAAUCAGGAGCGUCGGGGGAUUCGAAUGCGAGCCGUGGCCGUGCGUGAUGGUUUAGGACAGAGUAGCUGUUAGAUUGUUGCAUCUUCUUCAUGGUGAGUGGUUGUGCACUGCCUUGGACCAGAUUAUUUCAUCUGCACAGCCAACACCUUGAAAUAAUUGAGGUUUAUAGAGCUUUUCCUACGAGUCCUGUUACGUUCAUGAAUCUUGCAUAAACUAAUCAAGUACCCGUAUAAAGACGUGAAACCUGAAUUUGCUACUGCCUCUCUUCCUUUUUAAGAGAGGUAUUUCUUUUU